ACUUCUCGGGAGAGAGAACUAUUCAUUGACUUCCAACUCAAUAGCGACAAGAAGGGAAAAUUCAAAGCUGACUUAUUGCAGAGAGCUUGACAUUUUAGCUCACGAUAGAAAGCGAAGAGAAACCGGGCCAGCUGCCUAUAUGGUGUUCGCACUCGCAGCUUUUCGACAAUGUCGAAUUUACACCUUCAACCGGUGAACGAGCGACAAGGGCGACGUUAUUCCUAUCUUAACACCCCAGCAGAGUACCAAGUGCCGACCUUCCCGCCUCGCAACCCAGACAAACCGGACAACGCCGUUGGCCCUCCGAUCCAAAGCGACAGGGUAUCGUCGCCAGGGCCUCAGAACCCCUAUGCCUUCUCAUAUACGGUGACCGGCGCGAAUAGUCCACCGCCGCAAGCGACGGCUCAUACGGUCCCGUACAUCCAACCUCAAAUGAAUCCCACUCCACCUCCUUUAUCAGAACAUCCUGCGCGAUUUGCUCCUUACGCAGAUUCUCCCACGUCCCCUACACGGCAAACGCAGCAACCACAGCAACCGCAACAGCUUCAAUACCACAGCCCUUCACCUGCGUCUCCCGGCCCCAUUCCGCCCAAGCAAAUGCUUCAGCCGGAUAUGCAACAACAACGACCCCCGCAGAAGGAGUACAGUGUUGCUCCAGAUAGCAAUCCACUAGCUCCACCGGAUCCAGCGCUUACACCUAAGCCCAGCUCGAUAUCAGCCGCUGGAUCACAGCUGGGGACAAGGACCACAGCACGCGAUUUGAAUCAUGCCCCAGGUCAAGUCCUACAUCCGAGACAGGAGGUCAGAGGGGGAACAUGGAGCUAUGCUUUAUGUGACUGCAGAGACAUAGGAGUCUGCUGCACGGGUCUGUUUUGCCCAUGCAUUCUAUAUGGCAGGACACAGUAUCGAUUGUCGAGGAAAUCCGACCAGAAGGAUCCCACGAAUUUAUUGGGUUACGAGACUUGCAAUGCUCAGUGUACUGCCAUGGGAUUGCUCUGUGGAUGUCAAUGGCUUUUAGCAACCAUUCAACAUAUUCGCGUUCGACGAGCAUAUGGUAUCUCCAGCGAUAUAGCAACAGACUGCGUGAGAGCAUCCUGCUGUACAUGCUGCACACUUAUCCAAGACGAGCGAGAAAUCAAAUAUCGGGAAGAGGCCGCACGGCUUACUGGCGGUGUGCCUGGGAGCACGGUUCCCGCCUAUACGACCCCCGGUCAAAUGAUAUUCAGUCCUCCGCCCCGAUGA